UUAAGUGCCAUGCAUUUAAUUGAACCUACCGUUUCAUUUACGAGAAAUCCGACUUGAACGCCGCACCGUCGCUCGUGUUACGUCAUCACCAUGUGACUGUUUACAGUCCUUUCAGUUUCCUUGUGAUUUUGGGAGGAUGAGCAUGGAUAUGACUUUCCUCGGGACCGGCUCGGCCUACCCGUCUCCUCACCGCGGUGCCUCGGCUCUGGUGCUGCGGACAGACGGGGAGUGCUGGCUGUUUGACUGCGGGGAGGGAACCCAGACCCAAAUGAUGAAGAGCCAACUCAGAGCCGGUCGAAUCACAAAGGUUUUCAUCUCCCACCUGCAUGGAGAUCACCUGUUUGGUCUCCCUGGUCUCCUUUGCACUGUGAGCCUAAACACCAACCCCGACCCCCAGCAGAACCUGAGCUGUGUGGAUAUCUAUGGGCCCCGGGGCCUCCGUCAUUUUCUAAGGGUGACACUUGGCCUCACAGGAUCACAGCUGCUCUUCCCUUAUGCAGUACAUGAGCUGGAGCCCACAGCUGACCAGAGUCCAGAAGAGGGACAGCUCAGCCUCGAGAUGACAGCGGAGUGCGGCCCUCUGCAUCCACAGGAGCAGCCGGGCAGGACGAUCUCCCUGGAUGUUUCCAGUGACUGUUACCUCCUCUUUGAAGACAAGAAGUUUGUGGUCAAGGCCUUUAGGUUGUUUCACCGCAUCCCAUCCUUUGGUUUUUGCAUUCAGGAGCAUGAUCGACCCGGAAGACUGAAGACUGAACUCCUGAAGGAACUAGGCCUGAAACCAGGGGCGCUUUAUGGGCGGCUGAAAGCUGGAGAGUCUGUAACUCUGGAGAGCGGGCGUGUUGUUCUGCCUAGUGAGGUCCUGGAAGAAGCCAUUCCUGGAAGGAAAGUCUGCAUUUUAGGGGACUGCAGCUCUGUUCUCGGGGAAGGACAAGUGAGGUUGUGCAAUGGAGCGGACAUUCUGGUUCACGAGGCCACCCUUGGGAACGAGCACCGAGAGAAAGCAGUAGACCACGGACACAGUACACCUGAAAUGGCGGCGGCGGUGGCUCGGGCUUUCUGUGCACGGAGGCUGGUGCUGUACCACUUCAGUCAGAGGUACAAACCCUGCUCACUGCAGAAGGAAGGGGACGAGGAUGAUGUCUCAGAGCUCAAGAGACAGGCUGAAGAUGCUCUACAGGACAGUGGUGUAGAAGUGACUCUGGCUGAGGACUUUCUGACUCUGCCCAUUCCUCUCAGAAGAUCAAGGUAAAGAACUACUAAUUUAGUUUUUACAUUGUCUGUAGUAGAUCUGAAUAAAAACAGCAGUUCUGUCUGUUUGCACUGUCCUUAUAUGGUAUAAAUAGAAGUUACGUAUUAAAAAGUAUUUACUUGGUAGUUGUUAACUUGUUGCCAUUACAAGCAUAAUUUGUUUUAUUAUUCAGUGAUUUGGAAAUUAUGGAUGAUGUUAGCUCUUUUCUUAACCAAAACUGCAAAAAAAUAGAUACAUGUAAAGUAUCAAAUGACAAAACAAUCUCAGCUCAAGGUCCACUGACUUGCUGGUUCUACCUUUCAACCAUAUCACAUGGCCUUCAUCAGCAUGUGUAGUUAAGAUCAACUUUUAAGCCAACAUGGACAAGAUGUCAGAGGGAUGUUCGGUAAAUUGGUGUUUUAAAGAUUGAAGAUCUACCUGGGAUUCCAUGACAACUGAGCAAACUCCUACUGCUGAUGAAGACUGGGUUUAAUGCUUGAAGACUCCGGAACAAGCAAGUGGACCUUGAGCUCCCCCCCCCCUUUGGUUUCAGUUUUACUGGUAUUUCCUUUCAGUUUGUAAUGUUAACACUUAUCGAUACUAAAACCAUCAUCUUUCCAUAUGAAUCAGUAAAAUCUGUUUACAUUUUCUGUGAUAAAGAACAUGCAACCAUCUCCAAACCUUUUCCAGAGCUUUAUUUCUGGAUCUGUACACAAGGUAUUAAAGUACAACAGAAAAUACAAAAUAAUGUUUAACAAAAGAAAAAAAACAACUCAAUGUUAUGUACAAUUCUUAUAAACAAUAAAGAUAGCUUCUUGAA